CCCACGGCCGCCACUCCGAAAUUUUGAGUUUUCAAUAUAGCCCGCCCGGCGUCUCACCCCGCUUCCCCAUUCCCCAUUUAGCCGUAGCUGUAUAAACCCUAGGAAUUUUACCCAAAAAUUAGUCGUAGGUAGCCGUAGAUUAGAAUCCGCAGCUGUAUCGGGGGUUAGAGCGGCAAGAUUGGAAGAAGGUCCGAGCAAAUCAUCUGUUCUAGUGCUGGGAUUACCGGCGGGGAAUCUAAGCAGGAGUUCGGCGAGGGCUGGAAGGAUCUCGAGACGAAUCGCGUACGCAAGAAGCAGAGGAGAGAAGACCAAUACAUUUCCAAGAUGCCUGAGCAUAGGGAAAUCAAGAGGACGGGCCUCACCGACCUCUCUGGUGGCGGGUUCUUUAUCAGGAGGGUGGCCUCGCCCGGAGCUCUGGCAGGGAGGCGGACUGGGAAGCCUCUGUCCCGGCGGUUCCCGUCGCCCUUCAGCAACAAGGAGAAUGUGCCACCAGUUUGGGCUGUCAAGGCUACGCCGGCGAGGAGGAGGAGCCCACUUCCUGAUUGGUACCCAAGAACACCACUUCGGGAUAUCACAGCGAUUGCAAAGGCUAUUGAGAGAAGCCGCUUAAGGAUUGCUGCAGCUCGGCAGCAAAGUGAAGUGCCUGAGCAAUCUCCGCCACCUGCGAACUUGAGUACUACAGUACCAGCUGAGCAGGACAUUCCUCAUUGUACCGAAGCUCAGGACUCCCUGGCUAUUGCCUCUGGUUCCAGCUCAACUAGCCUGGGCGAGCAGAGCUUCAAGGUCUAUUCUUCGCCAUCCAAGAGCUCACUGAAGACUCCAACCAAACCCAUUGAUCCAGUGCUUGCUGAUCUAAUGGAGAAGAAACUGUCUAGCUCAAUAGAGCAAAUUGAGAAGAUGGUGAAGAAGAACUUGAAGCGAACUCCAAAGGCUGCUCAACCUUCCAAGAGGGCCAACCAGAGGCGCACUCUCAUGUCCAUGCGAUGAGUUGAGUACUCUGCUUCACUGUGGGAAGGUCCAUCUUAGACUUGUCCUCCACCCUCUCUUUUCUACUGCUUUCUUAGCCGCUAUCGUGACCAGCCAAUGCUGCUCUUCUUCUGUCAUCCCUUCAACCCGAGACUUGCGUAGCAUGUUUUGAUAAGAUGGGGAUUCAUGGUUCUCUGCUUGAGGACCUGGGAUUAUGGGGCUGGCUGGUUCUCUGCUUGAGGACCUGGGAUUAUGGGGUUUGUUGGUUCUCUGCUUGAGGGCCUAGGAUUAUCAGCUGCUAGUGCCAGGUUCAUGCUACUGCAGUAGAACUAUGUAUACUUAUCGUAAUGCAGCCGAACAAAUCCUUGCUUUGUGCUGUAAUAGUACCAUAAACCACUACGGUAUUAUGUAUUGUUAUUACUUUGUUUGCAACUAUUAUUUUCUUUUCUACUGUCCAAGAUGUAAAAAUUAAAAACACAGAAUGUACCUCUGUCUUCAAACCUUUUUUGUUUUGUUUUGAGCUACUGGAGCCUUGACCGUGAGUUUGCAAGUUGUCACUGUAUGUUGGCAGUACAUGAAUGAUAGAAGGAAUAUUGUAUUGGCACCUGUUGUUAAUAUAUGAUCUGAAUUCUUAUGAAAA